CAUCUGAACAGGUACUUAGAUAAAGUAUAAGAUAGAGCUACGCGUACAGGUAAAAGUUUCCAUUAAGCUGUUGGCUAACAUCAGGAAUCCACCACACUGUUUCCUUCAACUUUUGGGUCAGUCGGGAAUCCAUCACCUGCAUUCUUCAACGUCUGUGUAAGUCAGGAAUCCAACCAUGAAGCUCAUCCACACAGCGUUGCUUCUCGCUUGUUGCAUCCUCGUCACACAAGCCAUUGAGAACAAGCUGAGCAAACUUUUGAAUGUGGCCAAACGUGAUGGCCAACAGGAGCCUGUUGAACUGGGACCUAAACAGGGAGUAAAACUUGGCUUCGGAUCAAAGCUGGCUAAAGAGGUUAAUGCGGACGUUGGAACAAAGCUAGCCAAACACGAAUCUGAAGUGAAGGCGGACGUUGGAACAAAGCUAGCCGAACACGAAUCUGAAGUGAAGGCGGCCGAAUCAAAGCUAGCCGAACACGAAUCUGAAGUAAAGGGGGACGUUAGAACAAUUCUGACCAAAGAGUCACCGAAAGUCAAAUCGGACGUUCCGGCAGAGAUCACAAAAAGGGACGCUUCCUAUCGUGGUCGGCACGGUAGACGUCACGGGGGUAGAAGUGGGGGCAGGGGGAGGGGUUAA